AUGGGCCCCUGCCUGGCUCUUUGCGUGUUGGGAUGCGCCAAGUCGUUCUUUUUCGUCAAAAAUACUGACAAGAUCGUGAAACUGAUAUGGUCAGCAAUAUUGGCGGAGUUCACUGUUCUGGGACCGGACAGCAUGUUCUAUACGUCGUGUAUGCUGUUAAAUUUAAAAUUCUUUCAACUGAAACAAGAAAUUGAGGUGAUUUUUGACGAUGAAAAUGAUGGUACAAUUUCGUAUGGCGAUAUUAGAUCGGAACUUGCGCUGGUAGUUGAUCGUCAUAUACAUUUGCUACGCGGCGCGGAAUUAUUAAGAGUCCAUUUAUUC